CUAGCAUUAGGAAACUCGUUCAGGGCCACUGAAAAGUCAGGAGAGGCUCAAAUCUGAUCUCUCACGGAUUCUUUCCUCUAAUGUUAGGUAAUGUCCGGAAACGUUGUCACCAAAUAAGUAUGAGAGUAUUAUUUUGGAGAAACAGUUAACCCCUACCAAAAUAUAAAGCGCCAGAGGAAAAGAGGUGAGACUGGAAGACAAGGGAGCCCUUUGCAUUCGCUGGUGGAGCAAAGUGCAAUCAGGGGACGGGCUGGGGUUCCAGUCCUUAUACUUCAGCACCGGAGGGGAUGGACAGCGUCUCUGGACUGGGCGGCCGCCACAGGGACAGAACUGCGCUGCCCUUGCUACCACUGUCGUCGCCACGAGCAUCUGGGCUCCCUGCUCCUCGCAGCUAAAAGGCGGUGCCUCCUGAUACCCCUUGGUUCUCCCUCCCUUUCCUUGAUAGACGGAAAGUAACCCUUCUUAUCCACCUGCUACAACUACCAUACAGGGCUCUGAGGAGUCCUAUUGUUCCACAGAUUAAACUCAGAGCAACAACUUCAAGAAUAUUUCUCCGCAGGGGGCUGGGAGGAAAUGCAAGCAGGAGAGUGAAGUUGAAGUUCUUAAAGGCUCUGAAAAACCAUGGGCUCUGCAGAAGGGGUUGAAAUGCUCAAAGGCCCACACUUCAUGAAAUAAACAGAAUGCUCACCGGAGAGUUGCAACUAUUUUGGAAAUAGCUUUGAAAGAAGAGUUCCAGAUCUACUCUCAUCCCUACCUUAGAGACUGAGACUUCUAAUUCCUUUACUCGGCUGACUAUUCCCCAGAAUGUUGAGAUUGCCAGAGAAGUGACCUCUGAAAAAGGAAAAUAUUGCUCUACCUAAAUUCAAACGACAUCCUUUGAGGUGCCGUAGCACAUGGAUUUCAGGACUGCCUGUGAAGAGACAAAGACAGGGAUUUGUUUGCUGCAGGAUGGUAAUCAGGAGCCUUUCAAAGUCCGGCUGCACCUAGCCAAAGAUAUUUUGAUGAUCCAGGAACAGGAUGUGAUAUGUGUGUCUGGUGAGCCUUUCUAUUCUGGUGAAAGAACGGUGACCAUUAGAAGACAAACUGUAGGAGGAUUUGGAUUAAGCAUAAAGGGGGGAGCUGAACAUAAUAUUCCAGUUGUCAUUUCAAAAAUCUCCAAGGAGCAAAGAGCGGAACUUUCAGGGCUGCUCUUUAUUGGAGAUGCAAUUCUACAGAUAAAUGGAAUUAAUGUGAGAAAAUGCAGACAUGAAGAAGUGGUUCAGGUGCUUCGGAAUGCUGGAGAAGAAGUGACCCUCACAGUGUCAUUUUUAAAAAGAUCACCUGCUUUCCUCAAACUCCCACUGAAUGAAGAUUGUGCAUGUGCUCCAAGUGACCAGAGCAGUGGCACCUCCUCUCCUCUUUGUGAUAGUGGCUUGCAUCUCAACUAUCAUCCCAACAAUACAGACACAUUAUCAUGUUCUUCAUGGCCAACAUCUCCGGGUUUGAGAUGGGAAAAGCGAUGGUGUGACCUUAGGCUGAUUCCACUGCUUCAUUCACGUUUUUCUCAGUAUGUGCCUGGGACAGAUUUGAGUCGGCAGAAUGCUUUUCAAGUCAUUGCUGUGGAUGGGGUCUGCAGUGGGAUUAUUCAGUGCCUCUCUGCUGAAGACUGUGUUGACUGGCUACAAGCAAUAGCAACUAAUAUUUCAAACCUCACAAAGCACAAUAUUAAAAAAAUCAACAGAAAUUUUCCUGUAAACCAGCAGAUAGUCUACAUGGGCUGGUGUGAAGCACGGGAGCAAGACCCUUUACAAGACUGUGUGUACUCACCGACAUUUCUAGCCCUGAGGGGAUCAUGUCUUUACAAGUUUCUGGCACCUCCAGUGACAACAUGGGACUGGACCCGAGCAGAGAAAACAUUUUCAGUUUAUGAGAUUAUGUGCAAGAUUCUCAAGGACAGUGACCUUUUGGACCGGCGGAAACACUGCUUCACGGUGCAAUCUGAGUCUGGGGAGGAUCUCUACUUCUCCGUGGAGUUAGAGUCUGACCUUGCCCAAUGGGAAAGAGCCUUCCAAACAGCAACCUUUCUGGAGGUGGAACGGAUACAGUGCAAGACAUAUGCAUGUGUGCUAGAAAGUCAUCUAAUGGGACUCACAAUUGACUUUAGCACUGGGUUUAUCUGCUUUGAUGCUGCAACAAAGGCUAUACUUUGGAGAUAUAAAUUUUCUCAGCUUAAAGGUUCUUCAGAUGAUGGCAAGAGCAAAAUCAAAUUUUUGUUUCAGAAUCCAGAUACUAAGCAGAUUGAAGCAAAGGAGCUGGAAUUUUCAAAUCUAUUUGCUGUUCUUCACUGCAUUCAUUCAUUUUUUGCUGCCAAAGUAGCUUGUUUGGACCCUCUCUUUUUAGGCAAUCAGGCUACCGCUUCUGCUGCUGCCAGCUCUGCUACUACAAGCAAAGCAAAGUACACAACUUGACAUACCGAGAUUUGCAUCAUCACUUACUAUGACUGUAUAAAGAAAAUAAACAUAAUCAUCAUUUUAGACCCUGGAGAAACAAUCAUAUCACCAAGUAAACAGUGAAUUCAGUUUGAAAUUUGAACAGAAAGCAAGGUCAUAAGGGAUCUCAAAAGCACUUCUAUUUUGGAAGACAUUGUGAAUAAUCUUAAGUGAACAUAACAGCUUGUUCUCAGUUUAUUUGUACCAUCGAAAGUGAAGACAAAAGAAUGAAUGAUUCAACGUAUGUAAAUAAUAUACAAAUUGUAAGCUACCUAUAAAUAAAAGUACCACUUAAAUGGUUAUUUCUGUAUUUUAGAUUAUUUUGUAUGACAAAUACAUGUUGGGCCAGAUCAUGAACGAAUGCCCUAUCAUUGAAUUUUGAGUGAUAUAAAGAAGGCAAAUAAACCACAUGGCAGCGAAGAAAAUAGCAUGUAAAAAAUUUCAUCAAAGAAGAAAGCACUUUAAUUUGCUAAUGUAGAUUUUCCUUGCAUCCUCUUUCUGCAAUAUGACACUGGCAUUCCAAUUUUAUCUUGUUGUCAACUAUUCCUAAGAUUUUCAAAAGAAUAAAUACAUCGAUUCUAUGAUAGUUACAAUGUAAAAUGUACUAUUUUUCCUUAAAUCACUGAUAUCAAUGUUUUAUUGCUGCUAGUGUCAACCAAAUAUGCUGACAUGUGUUAAUUUAAUUAUGAACCAAGAAAACAUUCAUGAACCUCUUGUUCUUUCCUUCAUUUAAGAAGGUUUAUACUUACCUAAUGGGAUUUGUUAUCAAAUUAAAGUUUCAUAAAUUUUCAGUGACCCCAAAAACUUUUGUAGAGAAAAUAAUACAAAAAAUGUGGUAUGAGAAACUCAUACAAUUCUUUGUAUUCUAAUCUACUAGUUAAUCAUGGACUGAAAUGACCUUAGAGUGUAGUCUCAGUUUUACUUAUUUCAGGAAAAUGAUAUUUUCCCAUUUUAGAAAUAUUUUAUGAGAAAGUAAGGUGAGAUAUGAAAAUACAAUUUUUAAUUUCUAGCUUACCAUGUCGUAAAGGUGAUUAUAUAAUGCAAGACUAUGUGGGUUAUUUUAGUUAUCUUGUCUUACUAAAUGUGAAGAAGCUGGAAAUUUGAAAGUAUCAGAGGUAUGGGCACCUGACUCAGACCCUGGUAUUAUAUAACUAUUGGUUUAAAUGUGGAAAACACUGU